AUGGCUUCUGCAAGUACCAGGAUAACAAACUCACUAAAAACGGUUGAGUGGAUGUGGCAAUCAAAUCCAAAUCCAUGGUCAAAAAGUCAGCCAGCCACAUGGAGUCAUUAUUCAGAUGUUGAAAAUCUAAUAAUUGAAAGGGCAUUCACAAAUAAGCAGCAAAUAGCGCACUUAGAUGGUUAUUAUAUCGAUUUCGAUGAUAAGUUACAAGUGUCGACUAAUGAUAGUAACAAACAGAGACCUGUGAAAAGAGUAGUACGUAAUAGGGAAGAUAAGCACUUACGAGAAGCACGAUUUAUGGAUCUUCCAGUUGCUUCCGAUCGUUCAUUUGGUGGUCAAUAUGGUUUUGUAUCACCUUUUGUCAUUGAAGUACGAAAAUAUCUUAGUCUUCAACCUGAAGAACUUCCUUCGAAGAAGCCCGAAAUGAUACCUGAACUUGUUGAAAAAGCUGCGCAAGGUAUUAUUAAAGAAGGCACACAUAUUGGAAAACAAAAAGAAGCUGAAGAACUCGCUAAACAACUGCGAGAGAAGAAAAACAAAAAAAUCAAAGAAGUAUGGCAAUGUUGUGCUUAUCUUUAUUCGUUAGAAAGUUUUCUAUAUAAAACUUUGAAUGCAACGAUGAGAUUAGUUGGAAGCAAAGAAGAUGAUCACAUAUGGCGAAGUAAAGUUCCGACAUUAGGUCCAUUCUGUUUAUUAUUAUGGGAUGAUCCAUUCAACACCAAAAUGAAAACAAAUAUCGAACUCUAUCGAGGAGCUAAUCUUAAGCCUGAGCAAAUUGCUAUGUAUGAAGAGAUGGUCAAAACCAAACAUAAAUAUGGAUCGUUUCAAGGUUUUUCAUCAUGCAGUCGUAAUCGUAAAAAAACAGAAAUAUUUGGAAAUGCAUUAUUUAUCAUGAAUGUGAAAUUUGCUUUCAUUGCUGAUAUUAGUAAAGUAUCAGAAUACGAGGAUGAAGAAGAAGAACUGAUUACACCGGGUGUUUGUUUUCGUGUGCUAAAUAUUGAAUUUGAUUCGAAGACAAAGAAACAUUUGAUUUAUUUGGAAUUAAAACAACGUUGGUCUGCUAACGACCGCAGCCACCUCCAAAUCAACUCAACCGCAACGAAAUCUAAAGAUGCCUAUACAACCCAUCCAAAGCCUACUUUCUCAAAUAUACCCAGAUACCCCAAAAAUCACGCAAACCCGCCGCAUUACUUAUGGACAACCGCUUGA